AGACUGUAGAGUGUAGAGAGAGAGAGCACGCGCUCGAACACCGACGCUUCCGCAUCUCCCCACCCUUACAACUAAAUAAUAACCCUUUUACUGCUCUAUCUCUAUAUAGCCGCUAACAACAAUACACCGAAACUAUGGAACAUCCAGUCAAUACCGCGCGAAGACCUUCCGAGGGAAUGCAAUCACUGAUCGGCAGAACAGCAAUUGUUAAUACUUGUAACAAAUAAACAUUUACCUGGCAUACGUGCAGCGCCAUUGACGCCCUGAGGGACUAUUUUUCGUCGGCGCUCGCAGCGCCGCAAGGCACCUCGUCGGCCAUUUUGUUUCCCGCAAUUCUCUCCUCUUGUUCUCGAUGCGGCAAAGCCGACCGCGGAGCGUUACUGACAGACCUCUUCCCGACAGGACUACGCACCGACGAGCUGCGAUCUCGCCGAAAUCUUCUGUUUUUCAUCGAGCUCGUCCUUUUUGAUACGUCUGCUCAAUAAAUAACCAUGGCUUACCGUGACCGUGACCGUGGUGGUGACCGUCGAGGAGGUGUUGGAGGAGGUAUGGGCGGCGGAAGUGGCCUUCGUGGAGGUGGUGGAAGAUUUGGUGGAGCUGGUGGAGGUAGCAGAGAUGGAGGUAGCCGCUUUGGCGGAGGUGGAAGAGAUGCUGGCAGAGGAUUUGGAGGUGGCUCUUUCAAAAAUCAGCAACCUGGCGAACGCCUGCGCAAACCAAGAUGGGAUAUGAGUACUCUGCAACCAUUUAGAAAGGAUUUUUACCAGCCACACUCAAAUGUUGACAGCCGUGGUCCCCAUGUUGUUGAGGCAUACAGAUCUGACAAAGAAAUCACAAUCAAAGGAACUAAUGUUCCUGGUCCAAAUAUUUACUUUGAAGAAGGUGGUUUUCCAGAUUACGUAUUAAAUGAGAUACGUAGACAAGGUUUUGGGGAGCCUACUGCUAUUCAGGCACAAGGCUGGCCUAUCGCAUUAUCAGGAAGAGAUAUGGUUGGUAUUGCCCAGACAGGUUCUGGAAAGACUUUAGCUUAUAUCCUUCCUGCUAUUGUACACAUCAACAACCAGCCUCGUCUACAACGAGGUGAUGGACCCAUUGCCUUAGUUUUGGCUCCUACUAGAGAAUUGGCCCAGCAGAUUCAACAAGUUGCUGCAGAUUUUGGCGUUUCAUCGCAAGUAAGAAAUACUUGCAUAUUUGGUGGUGCUCCUAAAGGACCACAAGCCCGUGAUCUGGAACGUGGUGUUGAAAUCUGCAUAGCUACCCCAGGUCGUCUAAUUGACUUUUUGGAGCGUGGAACGACAAACUUGCGCAGGUGCACUUACUUAGUAUUGGAUGAAGCUGAUCGCAUGUUAGAUAUGGGUUUUGAACCCCAAAUUAGAAAAAUCAUAGAACAAAUCAGGCCCGAUCGUCAGACUCUUAUGUGGUCGGCAACGUGGCCGAAGGAAGUUCGUAAUUUAGCAGAAGAAUUUUUGACUGACUAUAUACAAAUCAAUAUUGGAUCACUGCAGUUGGCAGCUAAUCACAAUAUUUUACAAAUCGUCGAUGUAUGCGAAGAGUACGAAAAAGAAGGAAAACUUAUGAAACUUUUGGAAGAAAUUUCACAAGAGGCAGAAAACAAAACCAUAAUUUUUGUUGAGACGAAGAGGAAAGUUGAUGAAAUCACAAGGGCAAUCAAUAGGUAUGGCUGGCAAGCAAUUGGUAUUCAUGGAGAUAAAAGCCAGCAAGAACGAGAUUACGUGUUGAAUCAGUUCAGAAGUAGCAGAUCUGCCAUUUUAGUGGCAACUGACGUGGCUGCUAGAGGAUUAGAUGUGGAAGACGUCAAAUUCGUGAUAAAUUUGGACUAUCCAUCCAACUCGGAAGAUUACGUCCACCGUAUCGGACGUACCGGAAGGUCGCAGCGCACGGGCACAGCAUAUGCCUUUUUCACGCCCGGAAAUGCUCAUAAGGCUAACGACCUCAUUCAAGUGCUCGAAGAGGCCAAACAGGUCGUCAAUCCCAAGCUGUACGAACUGUCCAGGAAUCCCGGAGCGUACAAACGCGGCAGAUUUGGAGGUGGAGGCCGCAGCGGUGGACCUCGAGGCUUCGGAGGUCGAGGCGGUGGCCCUCGCGGAGGUCGAGGUGGCCGCGACGACCGUGGCAGUGGCGGAGGCCGAUUCAACGACCGUAGCGCCGACCGAAGCGGAAAUAAGUGGGGCGGAGGCAUCGGUGGAGGUGGACUGGGAAGUGGUACCGGCGGCUACGGAAGUAAACCCUACGCGAGUAGUCAGAGUAGCUACGGAGGAGGUCUCGGUGCAGGUGCUGGACUUGGAGGUGGAGGUCUGGGAAGCAACAGCUAUGGACAAAACGGAAGCGCGUAUGGAACCAGCGGCAAUAGUUACAAUCGGCCGCAGAACGGCUACUGAAUGUCCCGCGACAAAGGCGAACAAUAAAGACACUAUGUAAAUUAGAGAACUGAAGAGAAUAUGAGGACUGGUCUGGGAUACUUUAACACAGUUAUAGACAAACCUUUUUUUAUUUGUAAUUUAAGCGGUUAAUUUUUUAACGUCUAAGUUCUGGAUUGCAACUAUGAUCUGUUGAAUCGAGAGAAAGUACGAGUAUUGCAUUAUAUUAGGAUAUCUAGAUGUGUAACAACACCCUUCUGAGGUGGUUGCACUAUAACUGUAGUUAGGACCAGCUAUGAUUCUAUGUAUAUGUAUUUGUGUUUUGAUAUAGAUUCUUUAACUAUUCCUACGCGGAUUAGCCUUUUCUUUUUCUUCCUAUAAGUCUGUAGAAUAGCGACGAUUAUGACUUUACCUAUAGCAUUAUAAAAAUAACUUCAUAAAACAUUGUUAUUUAAUAUACACAUCUUUUAAAAAAGCUAACAAAAGCGUCUGCAUGUAUAGCGAUUAUCCUAUCGUCAAAUAAAACAACGUUUUGAGCAGAAUA